ACGUGUUGUUUAAUCUUAUGUUUAAUCUUUUCGAACUGUCAUUCUUUGAUGGACCAAUAUGUCGUAAUAUGUGAAUUAAUUAUUUAAUCGGCCAAAAAUAGCAAACAUCCUAAAUAUAUAGAUGUGAUUUCAAUGACAUCUAUCACAGGGUUCAAACUGAAUUUUACAAAUAUAAGCAGAAAGCUGAGCUCGUACCAAGAUGGGCACUUUAAUAAAUAACAUAACAAAUUAUUAUACCUACCUUAAUGAGAACUUGGCGGACCCCCGGACGAACACUUUCCCGCUGGUUUCCAGUCCAAUCCCGAUCAUCGUCAUAAUGUACGUGUAUCACCGAUUCGUCAAGUCUUGGGGUCCCGCUUUCAUGGCCAAUCGGCAGCCAUACGACUUGAAAAAACUGAUUAUAGUAUACAACCUCGUGCAGAUAUAUUUGUCCUUGUAUAUAACUCUUGAGUGUGUGAACAAACUGUACAUAACGGGUUAUUACAGUUUAUGGUGUCAAAAAAUGAUUUACGAGGACACACCAUUAGAAAGAGUGGUAGUUGGCAAAGUCUGGCUCUACUACAUGAUCAAGAUAAUUGAUUUGAUGGACACGGUAUUCUUCGUAUUACGAAAGAAAUUUUCUCAGGUGUCAUUCUUACAUGUUUACCAUCACUUAGGGAUGUGUUUACUUGGUUUCGUGGGAACUAAAUAUGUACCAGGCGGGCACGGUGUGAUGCUAGGCUUCAUCAACUCGAUAGUCCACGCGGUGAUGUACAGCUACUACCUGAUCUCGAUAGUGCGGCCGCAGUGGGUCCGCCAGUGGUGGAAGAAAUACAUCACACAGCUACAGAUCCUGCAGUUCCUGCUUCUGAUCCUGCACUUCGGGCACGUGUUGUUCGAGCCGUCUUGCGAAUAUCCGAAAUGGGUUUCCUUCGUGUUCCUACCACACAACAUAUUCAUUUUAUUCUUAUUCUCAGACUUUUAUAUCAAAGAAUAUAUUCUAAAGAAAAAUAAGAGAAUAUAGAUAUAUUGUGAAUAUUAUUUUUAAAGACUUUAUUAUAUUAUACCUAAGCUUUAUGUAUCUAACUAAAUUGGUUUCAUUUGUUCAUU